CUUAGUGGGGCUCUGGUUUCUCAUGGUGGUUGUGUGUGGACAGGAUCGAAACCUUUUAAACUCAUUUAAGUUUAUUGUACUACACAGUAUGUUGUGUGCCUGAAGACCGUCUGUUGCUUCAUCUUAAAGAGAAACAUGGAUCUUAAUGCCAACCCACCAUCAUCUCCUGAGACAUCCAAGGAGAAAAGUGCAACCCAUAAACGUCUCAACCCUCCCGUUCCAGCCACCAAAUCCAUUCCAGGCACAGAGACGGCCGGUCCUCCUCUCUCCAAAUCAGGCAGCCUAGAAAAACCAUCCCCUUCUUCAACUCUGGAUACUAAAUUAAAACACGGCAGUGUUAAAACCUCAAAAGUUCCAGCUGAACCAACACCUGAGAAACAACCCACCCCUGCAUCAUCACAUAUCAUCUCUAAACCUGUUCCAUCUAUGCAAGCCCCAACAUCAUCAAAAACAACACAGCCAAUAUUAUCUUCUCCCAAUGAACCAUCCGCACCAAGCAUUGCCAUUUCCGCUGACCCACCCCCACCUACAGCUCCUCCUGAGGGCUUAACGUCCACCACCAAAACACCUGCAUCUGACUCCGGUAAACUUCCCCGCCAGCGGAGCUUUUUGGCUGCGGCACAAAAGGUGAUGAUGCAGGAGAAAACAAGAAAGGCUGAGGAACAGGCUAAAGCUGAAGAGUGUGAUGAUAUGGAAGACGAUCUGCCUUUUGAGGAGCUCCAGAAAAAAGCUGAAGCAGGAGACCCUAGAGCACAGAGUCGACUCGGUAGAUACUACCUUAAACUGGCAGAAGAAAAAGACGCAGAGAAAAAUAACCUCACAGCUGUCGAAUGGUUGAUGAAGGCUGCAAAACAAGGCCGAAGGGAUGCAGCUAAAUUACUUCAGAAAUGCUGGAUGCAAAAGAAAGGUAUUACAGCAGAGAACGCACAGGAGGUGAGAUGUCUGUCUUCAGAGAGUAAGUUUGAGCAGGCAGUGAGGAGAGCAGCCAUGACCAUGUACUGGAAACUCAAUCCCGACAGAAAGAAGAAAGUAGCCAUGUCUGAGAUGCUGGAGAAUGUCAGCCAGGUCAAUACUGUACCAGGUGAAGCUUCUGUAUGUGGUGUAGCGCCCAGCAUUCAAACUCAGAGGAAAAUCCUGGAGACAAUGGUGUCCAAUGAAUCUAGCUCUAAAUAUGUGGAUGUGGAAGAUUUUGUGGAGAUGACAAAAAAGUUCACAGAAGGCAUUUCCCGUACUCCCACACUAAGCCCCUCUGGUGUAUAUGCAAAUGAAGAGGAGGGGAUAUUACAUAAAAGCGAUGUAGCCAGAUUUGAUAAGGAAAAAAACGAAAUGGCUCCUGUUACUCAUAAGCGCCAACGAAAGUCUAGCUGGGGAAUGAGGAGCAGUGGGUUGAUGCUGACUACCAGACGCAGCGAUGCCAUGAGGAGAGCCCUGGACAUAAAAGCUCACUUUUUGGGUCUGCAAUAUCCUCUUCAUGCCAUUAUUGAUAUGAAGGAACAUUUAAUUGACUGGGCGUCUCGUGCUGGUGUCCAGUGGCUGAGCACUAUUAUCCCGACACAACAUGUCAAUGCCCUUAUCUUCUUCUUCAUCAUCUCCAAUCUCACCAUCGAUUUGUUUGCCUUCGCCAUCCCGCUCCUCAUCUUCUACCUGUCCUUUAUUUCCAUGGCCAUCUGCACACUGAGAGUCUUCCAGAGCAGCAAAGGUUGGGAGAACUUCCGUGCCUUUACCGCUCUCCUCACACACUUUGAGCCCAGCCUGGAUGUAGAGCAAGCGGAGAACAACUUUGGCUGGAACAACCUGGAGCAGUACCUCUACUUCAUGAUAUCGGUGUUCUUUGUGAUCUUCACGUUCCCAGUUGCAGAUAAAGGCUGGAUCCCAUGUUCAGAACUGUCCACCGUGGCCAUUUUCUUCACAGCAUUAAGCUACAUGAGCCUGAGUCCAUCUGCGGCAGCCUACGCAAGAAAGGCACUCUUCAUUGAGGUGGCUUCAUCUCUGUGUGCAUUGACCAGCAGGUUGCCAAAGGACAUGGUGACGGCCAGAAUGCUGGGACAAAUUUUCACAACCAUCCCUCUGGGGGAAUCAUUGGUGUUGGAGCUCAGUGUGCCCUGUGUGCUCUACAUCUACCUGUUUUAUUUGUUCUUCAGUAUGGCGCGCAUGAGGGGCUUCAGAGGGACGUACUGUUUCCUGGUGCCGUACUUGGUCUGCUUUGUCUGGUGCGAGUUCUCUGUGGUUCUGCUUCGGAACUCCACCACCAUCGGCCUGAUCCGUACUUGUGUUGCCUACUUCCUCUUCCUGUUCGCCCUACCAGUGUUAAUCAUGGGUCUGAUAGCUUUGCUGCUGAUUCAGCUGAUUAAGUGGUUCCUGGAGUUAGAGUUAACUAAGAUGCUGGUGACCCUGGCAGUGUGCGCCGUCCCUGUGACACUGCGACUCUGGACUCGAUUUAGCCUCUCAAUUCUGAAUGUCUUCCGCUCCAUCACCCACCGAGGUCCAGUCAAACUGAUCCUCCUGUGCAUCACUACAGUGAUUUUACUCUGCGGCGUCUAUGUUUAUAAUGCUGAAGGCCUCAAGGUUUAUAACUCCACACUCACCUGGGAGGAAUAUGGCACACUGUGCGGCCCGCAAGCCUGGAAAGAACGAGGAAUGGCUCAAACGCAGCUCUCCUGCAGCCAUCUGGAAGGCCAUCGUGUCACAUGGACAGGAAUAUUCCGUUAUGUUCGUGUAGCAGAGAAGGAAAAUGGAGCUCAGUCUGUUAUAAACAUGCUACCGGUGUUCAUGGGCGACUGGUUGCGGUGUCUCUACGGUGAGGUUUAUCCGAAGUGUGAACCACAAAACAAUUCAUUUCCGAUCGUGAAUGUUACUCAAGUCACCACAGGAACUGUCAACACAACAAUACUGAUCCUAAGGCAGGAAGAGGAAGAGUUAUGUCGGAUAAAAGCUUAUGCUACACACCAAUGCCACGUUAAACGUUUUGACAGUUACCGUUUCGAGGUGACGGUUGGCAUGCCGGUGGAUGGUGUCACAAAAGUGGACAAUCCAGCAGGUGACAUUCUCUUAAUGGCAAGUCAUGAAUUCAGACAAGUGCUGCUGAAUCUUAACCCAGGCAGCAUGGUGGAGUUCAGCACAAAACUGGAGGGAAAAUUGGGUAGCAAACUACCUGCGUUUGAACUGAAAGCCAUACACUGCCUGAACUGCAGCUCGAAUCUGGUGCCUGAGGGACGACAGGUCAAAAUUGAGCGCAACUGGAGGAAGAGCAUGCUUAAAGCCAUUAAAUUUGCAUUUGACUUCUUCUUUGCUCCUUUCCUUUGUGCUAGGAUCAACGUGUAAAGAAGAUGUACAAUCACAGUGGCUGCAUCUGAAAUUGCAUCAAACUAUACUAGAAGUACCCGGACGACCUAUUACUUUAGGCAAGAUUCUGAAGUGUGCAUCCGAUGAAUGCUACACUAUCCCAUAAUCCUUCGCCAGAGAAUUCAUGAAAACAAGUGAAGCGACACAAUUAACGUGGGUAGGUCAUGUGAUUAUGACAAAAUGGCAGAUGUAA